CGCCCAUCAACUGUCAGCAAUCGGCUCGAGAGGCCCCCCACUGGCAGGCCAGGAGAGGAGAGCGCGCCGCGGGAGGAGCAACGGCGCCUGCACUAGCUGGCAGGAGGAGACGGACCAAAGAAGAAAAAGAGAAAGGAUGCCGGUGAAGGAAAAUCUCCCGUCAGCGUCAAAAUUUGGCUCGAGCGGCCGGCCAGGCCAGAUGGCAAAGAGAGAGGGGGGAGCAGCCCAGCCUGCAGGAGGACGAGGUGAUGGACGGCGACGAGGAGAUGGAUGGCUCCCUGAACGAGGAUAUGGAGCCGCCGACCAGCAGGAGAAGACUGGAGGAGUAUGGGAAUUCUGGCCAGAGAGAGCCUCAUGUCAUCUGUUUGCACCGUCCGCCUGUUUGUCUCUGCAUCAGUGGCUUGGCAGCCCAGCAGCUGGCGGCAGCAGCAGCAGCAGCCAUAGCAGCUCAGCAGCAGCUGGCGGACACAGCGAGGGCCAAGACAGCGUUGCAGAUGGAGACCACCAGGUGCGUGGGCGAAAGUGUGUACACUCAAGGUGAAUUCAGUGGUCUAUGUGUUGUAUAUCUCCAGGUUGAGGGCCGAGAUGCGAAGCCUGCAAGUGGCGUUCCACCACCAAAUAUCAGACAAGCAGGGCCACAUCAACCGGUAGUAUAUGCAGGCAGCAUGCAAAAAGACACACGUCCAUGUAUCAGUGCGCCUGUGGUCGAUUCACAGGCUGGUGAGGGCUGUGGAAGAGGAGAGGAGGGGGCGCAGUGAAGAGCUACAGCGGUCGGUUGGCCACUGACUGGGGGAGGGUUGCGCACGAGCAAUCUUGACGGGCGUUGUGUUCUUGUGUUCUGUCAUGUUCUGGUUGCAGCCACAAAGAGCACGAGCAGCAGUGAGUGACGCUUUCGCUUCUCUCUAGGGUGUGCGGGUGUUUGUAUGUCUUUGUGCAUUUCUCUCUGUAUGCGCAGGGCUCAGGAGCUCAUGAAGGCCACCAAGGAGCAGCAGCUGGCCACCAUCCGCGAAGAGGCCACACGGUCAGCGCUCAUUUGUGUAAUUGGAUACAGGGCUGAUGUUUGUGUGCUCGAUGAAUCCAUGACCGCAGGUCGGAGAGGGAGAAGACGGCCGCCCAGCAGGAGGCCGCCGCCGCCCAGAAGCAGACCGCGGCCGCCCAGCAGCAGGCCGCCGGCCUGAAACGGUACGUGAAUUGGCAUGUAUUCGAUAUCCCACCCCCCCAACGUGCACUUUUACCGUUUCUUGUGUUGUGCAGGGCCAGGUUGGCGGACGGCAAGACGUACCGGGACAUGGUGCUCAGGUGAGACAUGCCCCUCCCACUGAGACAGACCUUUGUGUGUGUGUCUCCCAUGUGUGACUCACAUGGUUGUCUGCUGCCCGUCCACCAGGUUGCAGGCCGAAAUCCGCACACUCACCGACAACAACAAAGGCCUGGCUGCCGAGAAGCACAAGAAGGAGGAGGAGCUCAAGACCAAGCUGCGGUAAGCAAACGUCACGUCACGUCAGUUAGUCUCCUGUCGAUUGGUCUCUCGCUGGUUUUGUGCGCGUGCAGGCGAAAGGCAGAGAUGCCGAAGAAAGAAGAGACCCUUCUCCGUCAAAAUCAGGCUCGAGGGGCCGGCCAGGCCAGAUGGAGAGGAGGACGGCAGGAGCAGCCCAGACCCCAAGAGAACGAGGAGAUGGACGCCGACGAGGAGAUGGAUGGCUCCCUGAACGAGGAAAUGGAGCCGCCGACCAGCAGGAGAAGACUGGAGGAGUAUGGGAAUUCUGGCCAGAGAGAGCCUCAUGUCAUCUGUUUGCACCGUCCGCCUGUUUGUCUGUGCAUCAGUGGCUUGGCAGCCCAGCAGCUGGCGGCAGCAGCAGCAGCAGCCAUAGCAGCCCUGCAGCAGCUGGCGGACACAGCGAGGGCCAAGACAGCGUUGCAGAUGGAGACCACCAGGUGCGUGGGCGAAAGUGUGUACACUCGAGUUUUCAGUGGACUAUGAUUUGCAUCUACAGGUUGAGGGCCGAGAUCCAACAGCUUCAGAUGGUGUUCCACCACCAAAUGGCACAAAAGCAGGGCCACAUCAACCGGUAAUACAUGCAAGCAGCAUGCAAAAAGACACACGUCCAUCCAUGUAUCAGUGCACCUAUGGUCGAUUCACAGGCUGGUGAGCGCCGUUCAAGAGGAAAGGAGCGGGCGGCGUGAAGACCUUCAGCGGUCGGUCGGCCACUGACUGGGGGGGUCGUACACGAGCGAUUCUGACGGGCGUUUUGUUCUGUCAUGUGCUGGUUGCAGCCACAGGGAGCAGGAGCAGCAGUGA